CGGAAAUCGACAUCUUCUACAUACCCUAGACAGGAGAGCUCUGCUGAAAUUCUCGAACAUCAAACGAAUCUGCAACACGGCAAAAGCGUCUAUCAUCAGAAAGUGUGGAAUCGAACAGACAUCUGGAUGCCAAGCAAAGACUGCAGUGAUGUUUUACUGCAUCAUGGCUUUACGUGGACCUCAUGGAUCCAUUUUGCAGUUCAUCUGCAAACAUUCGAGCUAGAGCAUGAGUCUGCUUGGAUGAACGGGACAUUCCUUGGUGGUGAUGCUCUCUGGCUUGCUGUAUAUUUUGGCUUCAUAGCAAUGAGUCUUAUGUUUAUGGAUGAGGACGAAGCUAGAAGAGCGGGAUUGCCCCUAGAAAACACGUCUGAGCUUGUUCAGAACUGGUACGGCACGGCGCUAUUUUUCCUCAACGAGGCGAAUUUCAUGCGGAACCCCGAUUUCAAGACAGUACAGGCCAUUGCCAUACUUCUCGGACUGGCCAAAAAUGUUGGGGACUUUGAUCUUCAACCAGUUCUUCAAGCUACAGGUAUAAGGAUGGGCCAAAUUCUGGGAAUGGAUCAGGAGCCUCCCAUGGUGUCUGACAACCCUGUUACACAAGAGAUCAGUCGACGAGUUUGGUGGACCUUGAUCAUCUGUGAAUGGCUGUGCAUACCAGCCCGUCCGCCCUGCAUCCACGAGGCAGACUUCAAUGUCAGGCUGCCACUGGUCUUGUCAGAUGUAGAGUUGUCAACAGGAUUAAUUGACGAGCCAAGUAUGGCGGUCAAGAGGCCACGUCCGGUGGAUUAUCACAAUGCUAUGAUCUUCUUAGCAAAGUCGAACUAUCGCUUUCAAAUCCAAAUGGGGACCAUUGAAAAUAUGGGUGGAGAUAAUCUUCUUGAAGACCUUGUUCUGACAACGGAUGAAGCCCUAGCUAAUAUUAUCUCACAAUUGCCAGCCCAUCUUCUCGAGCUCUCUGGAGGACCAGCCAAAGACGGGGAACAAUAUCCACCCUGGGUACUGUGGCAACAAACCACAUUGUCUCUCUCAUUUUUGUUCUAUCGAAUGAAGGUGAACCGAGUUCUACAACAUCGAUGGGCCUACUCUUCGGAUGUGCUUCUUGCAAGGUCAAAAGCAAUAUGUUUAGACUCGGCCAACACUAUUGUGUCCAUGGUCAAGCAACACAAGGUUGUGUUGGCACGCCAUCGUCCGUGGGCAACAACCUCUGCCCUAUUUUCCGCUGCUUUGACCCUUGCAGCAGAGGCAAAGCGUCUUGACUCAGACGCAGCAGUGGAAUAUAUUGACAAAAUUCAAACUUGUUUCUCAUUUUUUGAAUAUAUCAAAGAUCACAGUGCUCUUGCAAUGCGAGUACUAAGUGAACUGAGGAUAUUUUGCGCUGAAAUAUGCGGUCAUUAUUCCGAAGCCACUGAUAAGACGUGA